GGAUGGAGGGGGUGUGGAUGCAUCACCCAGAACGGGCUUAUGUUGACAGAAGCUGCUGAGCACGACUUCCAGCUCAACUCGACGCAUCAUUAGUGCCACGGUCAUAAAGUGCAAGUCUGCGAGAUAAGAUGAUCUUCGGAGGGCUGAGGAGAGUGUAUUUACUUUAUUUUAACAAGCCUCUUGCCAUACUGCAAUCAACAGACAUCAAAAUUGGCUUUACUUCCUGCUCACUGGUCCUGAGGUCUGGUCCUGAGAUCGCUACUGCACAGACUCAAGUCCCAAGAUGUCAGCACCAUUUCGGGACCAAGGGGGUAAUCCAUCAGCUGGAAACUGAAGCUUCGCUUGGGGUCCGCCAUUGUAGCAGACCAUUACCUGCUCUCAACGACCAUACAUAUAACACAUGGGAAUCUCAUAACAAGAUGAUGCUGGAGCCUCUCAGCACAAAUGAUCCCGAGGUAUUUCACAUAAUAAAGAAGGAGAAGCGGUGGCAGACGUAUGGAUUAGAGCUCAUUGCGUCUGAGAACUUCAUUAGUCGAGCUGUUCUGGAGGCUCUUAGUUCCUGCAUGAACAACAAGUACUCUAAGUAUCCUGGUCGGAGAUACUAUGAAGGCACAGAGCAUGUUGAUGAAUUGGAGAGUUUGUGUCAGGCAAGAGCUCUGAAGGUCUACGGCCUCGAUCCGGAUAAAUGGGGAGUGAAUGUUCAACCGUACUCUGGGUCACCUGCGAACUUUGUUGUAUACACAGCCAUAGUGGAACCUCAUGGGCGGAUCAUGGGCCUUGAUCCUUCUGAUGGCGGCCAUCUCAGCCAUGGCCUCAUGACUGACAAGAAGAAAAUCUCGGCCACAUCUAUUUACUUUGAGUCUAUGCCCUAUAAGGUAAAUCCAGAAACUGGAUAUAUUGAUUAUAACAGACUUGAGGAAAAUGCUCGCCUCUUCCACCCAAGACUAAUCAUUGCAGGAACCAGCUGCUAUUCCCGUAACCUGGACUACAGUCGGCUGAGGAAGAUCGCAGAUGAGAAUGGAGCGUAUCUUCUGGCAGACAUGGCUCACAUCAGUGGUCUAGUGGCGGCAGGAGUCGUUCCAUCUCCGUUUGAAUACAGUGAUGUUGUUACCACCACGACCCAUAAGACCCUGAGGGGCUGCCGGGCUGGAGUCAUUUUCUUUAGGAAGGGAGUUCGUAGUGUUGAUGCAAAGACAGGAAAGGAGACCCUGUAUAACCUGGAGAGUCUGAUUAACCAGGCUGUGUUUCCUGGACUGCAGGGUGGCCCUCACAACCAUGCCAUCGCAGGGGUUGCUGUUGCUUUGAAGCAGGCUCUGACUCCAGAGUUCAAGAACUAUCAAUUGCAAGUUCUGGCAAAUUGUAGGGCUUUAACAGCCACCCUAUUGGAUAAGAGCUACAAAGUUGUUACAGGCGGCUCAGAUAAUCAUCUCAUCUUGGUUGAUUUACGUUCAAAUGGAACUGAUGGAGGAAGAGCCGUGGAAGUGCUGGAGGCUUGUGCCAUUUCUUGCAACAAGCACACCUGCCCAGGUGAUAAAAGUGCCUUGCUCCCAAGCGGCCUUCGUUUAGGAGCUCCCGCUCUCACAUCUCGUGGAUUAUUGGAGGACGAUUUCCGUAAAGUGGCUGAGUUUAUUCACCAGGGCAUUGAGUUGACAUUGGAGAUCCAAAGAAACAUGAAUCCUAAAGCAACUCUGAAGGAGUUUAAAGAGGAACUGGCACAAAAUGAGAAGUACCAACUGAAAAUAAAUGAAAUCCGAAAGGAAGUCGAAGACUUUUCUGGAAAAUUCCCAAUGCCUGGGUUUCCGGAGUUAUAAUUACUGUCUUUCUGACAUUUUGGUCUUCCCGAAAUAAAGAUUUCUUUUGAUUUGAUGGGCAAAGGCUUGAAUAACAUGGUGUAUGUACUUUUGCUUGCAUUUUCUCUUCUUUUCUGUGAAUUAACCUGCGUGAAUCUAUGAAAAGUUUUCAGUAAAACCGAUCAACAGAGAAAAAAUAUUCAACUGGCACAAUACAUUUGUACAUGCAAUACAAAUAAAGCCUAUUGUAAAGCCUGCGAA